UGUUUGACUCAGUCAUUCACGGGCAGAUAGUUUGCACGUCCUCCGCUGUGUCUAUGAGUUUCUCAGGCAGUCAGUUCCAUCCACCCCACGUUCGUUUCCUUCUGCGAUUCUUCUCUCUUCCCCGCUUUGUUUUUCUAGAACGAAGACAGCAGUUAUGCAGUCGUUUUAAGCUGUCAAAUCUAUGUUGUCCCCAAAAUGAGUGCUGUUGCCAGAGUGACUGUUCUUGCUGUGUUUUAAAGCACAUAGUUACGUAAGUCUGUCCUUCCUCUGCAAAGACCUGGAUUUCCCUUAAUACUCACUGCUGGCCUUGCCGGUGUUUGUGUGGUGAGGGUGCUUCGGGGAAACAGUCUGCUGGAAGACUGGCUACUCCACGAAGGAGCUGAAUCAGUCCUCUGAGCUGGAUUUGCAUGUGGGCAUAAAGAUGCAAGUGUGAGCACAAAGGAGGGAAUGGUCACAAAGGGCAGCUUAAGCUCUUGUAGGGGAAGCACAGAACUUUUCACGUGAAAGCGAUUAAGUAGCUAUCGCCUCAGGUUCGGUGACAAUUUAGGUAAAGUGCAUGCUGUCACACUUGUACCCCUCGGCCCAUAAGAAGCCCUAUACCCUGCCUUCCAAAGUUCUGGCACUGCUCUGGUGGCACAGUGAGCCCAAGUAAAGAAGUUAAUCGGCAGAAACCUAAUGGGUGUUAACACGCAAGCAUCAACCUUAAGAUGAGUGGCUGCCGGGUCUUUGUUGGACACUUAAGCUCACGUGCUCGGGAACGGGAUGUGGAGAAAUUCUUCAAAGGAUAUGGACGUAUACGAGAAAUCCAUCUAAAAAAUGGGUUUGGAUUUGUGGAAUUCGAAGACCACAGGGAUGCUGAUGAUGCAAUUUAUGAAUUAAAUGGUAAAGAGUUGUGUGAUGAAAGGGUUACAAUUGAGCAUGCUCGAGCCCGAAGAGGAAGGGGCAGAUUCCCACAACGGUUCAGUUAUUACCAGUCACAGAGUGGAUCUAGCCGGUAUGGCCCUCCUGUUCGUACUGAACACAGGAUCAUAGUUGAGAACCUUUCAUCCCGUAUCAGCUGGCAGGACUUGAAAGAUGUAAUGAGAAAGGCAGGGGAGGUCACCUAUGUGGAUGCACACAGAAACAACAGGAACGAAGGGGUUGUGGAAUUUGCAUCUUACAGUGAUAUGAAGAGUGCACUGGAAAAAUUGGAUGGCACUGAGCUGAAUGGACGCAGAAUUAAACUGACUGAAGAUCACAGAAGGCAUAGAAGCAGAUCUCGAUCAAGGAGUUACUCAAGAUCUCGCAGCAGGUCCAGGUCUACAGGAUCUUCCAGAUCGGACAGCCGGUCCAGGUCCAGGUCAAGAUCAAGGUCCAGGUCCAGGUCUCGCUCUCGAUCCCGGUCCCGAUCCCGCUCUCGAUCCCGGUCUCGUUCUCGCAGUCGUACACCUAAAAAGAGUUACUCGCAGAAAAGCCACCGCUCCAGCUUGCUAGCUUCUUCCCCAUCUCCCUCUUCUUCUAAAAGAAAAUCUCGUUCUAGGUCGAGCUCUGCUCAUAGCCGUAGUUAACUUGCUCUUAGAGAUGUAUUAAUGCAUUUAAUUUGAUUCAAGUUUCUUGAAGACUUGAGACAAAUUAUACAUGAGAACUGGGAGGGGAAGAGUUAACACGAUGAAAGGGUAACCUCCUCUUACAUUGCCAAAGUGCCUGUCAUCAAAUAGGCCAUCUCUGAGAGGAGGGGCUGUCAGCUUUCUCCUUUCAGUGAAGUCUGGAGUGGGAAGUCUUUUUUUAUGUUUUUUCCCUGCUAUUAGUAAACAUUUUUAUCAUAGAUAUAUUACGUACACAUAAUGCUGAGGUAAUGGGAUGAGACAAUAUGCUGCUUUCUCCCUCUAUUGCCCCUACUUUCCCCUCCACCUCCAAGGCCUUUGACUUCCAAAAUACUCUUUUAGCUUUUGUCCUUGGUAUUAAGUCCCUGAGAACAGGAAGUAUAGAUUUUAUUCCUUUAAGGUUCUGUGGCUGUUUUUCUGUGUGAGAAUGAAUGGACCAGCUGAAUUUAGAGUUCACUUUUUUUCCCCCUUCGCUUGGCUUAACAGGCUGUUUUAAGUUCCAGCUUUAAAUGACCUUGGUAAUAUGCUUAAUUUGCAACAGACUUUCAGGAAUACACAUUGGUCAGUUGAAUAUUGCUCAGUUGGAUAGUGAAUCAAUACAAUGUUAACCAGUAAUGAAAGCUGGAAUUUUCUGUUAAAAUGAGAUGUACCAUCCAGAUGUCAGGAUUAUUGAGACUCCAUUAUACUAAUUUUCCAGUAAUUCACUAGUAUGUGGUAUUGUACGUAGAGGCCUUAUUUGACAGGUGACUCCAUAAAACUGCACAGAAAUGUCAAUAUGCAUGUCCAUGUUUUUGAUGUUCAUAAAAGUGACAUAGCUUUCAUACCCAAAAAGUAUGAUACUGAAUAACAUGUGUAUGACUAGCAAUAGUCUUGAUGGAAAGGAAGGUUAUUUUAGUAAUCACAGCAGCAAAAUUCCCAGGAAAAGUGUAGUCAGUUGUGACAGGAAACAUUAAUCAUAUUAAAGCAUAAAGAGCAUAAUUUCUUUAAAUCUCCUGAAUGCACAGUUGUUUUGAUUAAUAGAAAUUUCCACUGCAAAUACUGUUUGUUCUUAUAAUUGGAAUUACAUUUUUUUAACUUCUGUAUUGUUAAAGAAGGGAAACAUUUUUGGAAAAAUAUGUAAAUUAAUCCCAAAGUCUUACAUGUGUUUAAAUGUACCAUUCCUAAUAAAAUAAAACCUUUUUCUGGCUUA